CCUCUCACAUGACGCCCGACAGAAUGCGGAAAAGAGCCAGGCGCGCGGUGUGGGGCGAGGAAGUCCGGACGAGGUUGCAUCCCUUGACAGAGCUCUCUCUCUCUUGUCUUCUCCCCACCCGCCUUCGGAAGAGCCCGCUUCGGAAGAACUGCGCCUCUGCUUGGGCUGCAGCAUCCCACGAAAGAAAGAAGGGACCUUUUCUGAGAGGAGAAACAAAGUUAACUUCCAUUGCUACAUCCUUCUCUUGCUACUCUGAAUCCAGCCAAAGUCUCCAACUUUCAAAGUAAAGCGCCUGCCUGUUGAGUGAUUCCUGGUCCCUUUGAACCCAGGUCUAGGACUUCCUGUUGUUCCUGGAGGAGAUGCUCUGCAGAAUCAAAACUAAAGUGCCUUGAGUCCUCAGCUUCCCUGGAGGUUGCUGUUCUCUUUCGCAAAAGGCGUCUCUUUCUCAAAAGCCACCCAAAGAGAAGGCACAGUGGGCUGCCCGCCCCUUGCUUCUUGACCUCCCACCAUGGUGGGCCACCAUGACCAUAUGUUCAAGGUGCUGAUCAUUGGGGAUGCCACUGUUGGGAAGACCUCCUUGGUCCAGCGAUACGCCAACGACAGUUUUAACAAGCAUUACAAGUCCACCGUUGGAGUGGAUUUUGCUCUGAAGGUGGUGCAAUGGUCAGAUUCGGAGACAGUGAGGCUGCAGUUGUGGGACAUUGCAGGUCAAGAACGGUUUACAUCUAUGACUCGACUGUACUAUAAGGAGGCAUCUGCCUGUGUUAUCAUGUUUGAUGUCACCAGUGUGAGCACAUUCACCAGCUGCCUGAAGUGGAAGCAGGAUUUGGACAGCAAGCUGAGGCUACCAGAUGGAAACCCUGUCCCUUGUCUGCUACUAGCUAACAAAUGUGACCUUUAUCCUUGGUCUGUGACUAGAGAAGAAAUCGAUCAAUUCAGCAAAGAGAAUGGAUUCACUGGAUGGACUGAAACAUCUGUCAAGGAAAACAAGAAUGUAAAUGAGUCCAUGAGGGUCCUUAUUGAGAAGAUGAUGAUGGCAACCACAACAUCACUGAGUGACAGAGAUAUCUCUAUUUCAGGCCAGGGAGACUACAUCAAUCUAAAAGAUGCAACUACGUCCAAUUGGGGAUGCUGCUAAUUGCAUGUGCUUCUGCAUCUGAUCACAGAUCAAGGGUACUUUUCAGAUAAAUACAUCUAGUGUUUUUACAGAGUCAUAGCAAGUUUCCUUUACACAUUUGUGAGCAGUGAAGGAGAAAGAAGCCCCUCAACCUAGCAGAUAUAAUUGAAACCACUUCCUUUGUUCUUCUGAUGUGAUCCACCAGUAAUACCCUAUUGAACACUGCGACCUUGGUAAAGUCAAGAAGGUCUUAUAUUCCGCUCAUUGCUGGUUCCUCUGCAGUUGAAGGGAAAGUCUCCACUCCAGUUAAUCCAAGAUGUUAUGGCAGAAGAAGUUCUUAUAGGAAUCUUUCAGCAGUCCUAAAACAAAGCCGAAGGAAUCUGUGACUAAUGCGCAUGCACACGUGUUUUGAACCAGAUUGCCUUUGAUUUAUCAUCUCUAGAAAUGUGCUUCGGACUGUAACCCAGCUGCAGAAUUCAUUCACCACAACUCGCGGGAAGGUGCCAUUUCUUGCCAUGGGAAACCUAUUGCCUCUUCUGUAUGUGCCUUUCUCUUUUGCCAAAGACUACAAGUUUUAAAUUGAACUCUGGCCUUUUUUUGUGUCCCUGUUUUUAUGUGGGUUGCACAGUUGUUCCUUUUCCUGGUGCCAUUUUAUCAGAGAACCCAACAUUGAAUUGAAGCGAAAGCUGUAAACUGUUUUGCAUUGAUGCACCUUAGCAGAGCACCAACCGUGUUCUUUGUUUUUUAUAGUCCUUUCCUUCACAGCAUCUAAUUUGCCUCUUUCAAAUUCUGAUGAAUUACUUCCUCUCAGCUGUCCUCCUGUGUGGGUCUCGGUUGCCAUUAUGCAAUGCUGCCUGAAAGCCCACCCACUGGUUUUAGUGAUCUGAGGGGGAACUCAGAAUAAGAGGCCCAGCGAGACAAAAAGCAAGAGUUAAAUUUCCCCUGCAUCCCUUUGAUAGCAGGUAUUUUGCUAUUUUAAUGUUAUGACAAGUGACAGACUUGUGUUUUUUUCUUGAAUAAGGACAAUUAUACUUUAAUUUCUUUUUUUUUUUAAGUGGCCACUUCGUAAUUCAGGAGGGUUGAAAUAACAGGGUGGUGAAAUGCAUUAAGGUGUCUGAAUUUUUAAUUUUCAUUUUAAAAUAAAAAGUUCAAGGUUGAA